CAAAGCUUUCUUCUUUGCAGCUGUCUGAAGAAAGUCUUGCAGAUCAAGUGACACUAUGAAAUAAUUAAAACUAAUGUUUAUCUAAUUUCGAAAGAUGUUGGGGUGAUUUUAAGUGCACUCAUGCCAUGGAUCACAUUGCGAACGAAGCGGAAGAAAUUUACCAGCGAUUGAUAAGAAAAAAGAGCGUUUUGGGAGUAAUGGUUUUUAACGAAAAUGGUAUUCGGACGUCGAUGGACAACGCUACGACAACUGAAAUGACCAAUGCCUUGGUGCCUCUGAACGAUCUCGCGAGGAAGACCGUGAAAGAUCUGGAUCCGGACAACGACCUGCUUUUCUUCAGAAUCAGGACGAGCAAGAACGAGAUGAUGAUUGGUGUAGAUGAAGGACAUCUCUACAUUGUGAUCCAAGACGCUCGCUUCAUUCGGACACAGCAUAUGCCGAAGCAGUAGAGAAACAGGCUGUCAUCUUUCUUCUGAAGAGCAGUCCGAUGCAAAAGAUAUACUGAAUUAAAUACAUCUGACUGUAAAAUGAACUCUUUACAUAGGAAAAUAAAAUAUGUGUUUAAAAGCAA